CAUAAGUUUUGGAAAGGUGUACGCAGACAGUUCUCUUCAGUCAUGUGCAGAUGUAUUGGCUCCUCCCCUUCAGUCUUGUGCAGGUGUACCGGCUCCCCCCUUCAGUCUUGUGCAGGUGUACCGGCUCCUCCCCUUCAGUCUUGCACAGGUGUACCGGCUGCUCCCCUUCAGUCUUACACAGCUGUACCGCUCCUCCCAUUUAGUCUUACACAUGUGUACUGGCUCCUCCCAUUCAUUCUUACACAGUUGUACCAUCUCCUCCCCUUCAGUCUUGCACAGGUGUACCGGCUCCUCCCCUUCAGUCUUGCACAGGUGUACCGGCUCCUC